UUCAGGCUCUAAAGGACUGUGGUUUUGGAGGCACCAAUACUUUCGGGUCAAAUGUUCUUUUGUUUCGGUCCGGUACACCUGAAAAAUUCGGCCUGUAUUUAUGGCACUGUUGACUUGAACCAAAACAGAAGAUGAAUGUAGGUCACCUGAAAGUGGUAACCAGGUUAUGUUCAGGUUAGAAACACACCUGAGAAAUUCUGGAAAACAGAUGGAACCGCUCACAGGUCGGGUUUCCGGUAAAAGGGGCCGUCUAUUUCCUGAAACAAAACUCUGUUUAAAUUCUUGGUCAGGCCUACUUUCUGCUUGUCUUUUGUUCACGAUGUUCUGAUCUAUGAUUGGCCGGACGAUUCCUGACAUUCAGCAGACCACACACCAACUCUGACCUGCAUCACUGGCAUGAAAAGAGUUAAGCCGAGUACAGUAAUGAGGAGUGUGUCAGAGUCGGACGGUUCCAGGUGCUGUCCUCAGUGAAACCCGAGCCGAUCUUUAUUAAUAAAUGAUGCUCUUGAAACAGACGGCUCCUCGCUCGGCUCAGAAGGCAGGUACCUCCAAAGCACACAAAGACGUUCCUCAGGCCAGAGGACGAGAUCACCCGGUCAGACACAAUCUGACGGUCCGUCCAUUUGGGAUUUGCUCUCCAGGAUUGUUCAGACGUCACGGAUCAUGAAUCCUGAAUAUGAUUACCUGUUCAAGCUUCUUCUGAUCGGAGACUCUGGCGUUGGGAAGUCGUGUCUUCUCCUUCGCUUUGCGGACGACACGUACACCGAGAGCUACAUCUCCACCAUUGGAGUGGACUUCAAGAUCAGGACCAUCGAUAUGGACGGGAAGACCGUGAAGCUGCAGAUUUGGGACACAGCAGGUCAGGAGAGGUUUCGCACCAUCACCUCCAGCUACUACAGAGGAGCUCACGGCAUCAUCAUCGUGUAUGACGUCACAGAGCAGGAGUCCUUCAACAACGUGAGGCAGUGGCUGGAUGAGAUCGACCGCUACGCCUGUGAGAACGUCUCCAGGCUGCUGGUGGGAAACAAGUCUGAUCUCGUCAGUAAGAAGGUGGUGGAUGUUGCCACGGCUCAGGACCUGGCCUCCUCGCUGAAGAUCCCCUUCCUGGAAACCAGCGCCAAGAGCUCCGACAACGUGGAGAAGGCUUUCCUCACCAUGGGCUCCGAGAUCCACAAGCGCCUGGCCAGUGAGGGGGCAGGCAUGCAGGGGGAGGCCCCUGACUCCAGGGGACAGGGCUCCAAGAUCAACAGCGCCCCCGUGUGGUUGGGAGGGGAUAAACAAACUCAGGACACCAGCAACUGCUGCUGAAGUGUGGACAGAUGUGUGAUUUUAAACCAGAAGGAAUGACAGGACGUCAUAUUUUGAUAUAUUUGCUGAUUAAGAUAAAAGAUUAUCUGCUGUGAACUCAUUUUAGCUUUAGCAAUAAUAUUUGAUGUAAACCAAAUGUCUAUAACAUUAAGAAAAUAGAUCCUGAAAAAAAUCAGCCAAAAAAAGUGUUUAUUUUUGAUGAUAAAAACAUGAACAUUUUUAUGUUAUUGUUUUGAAUGGAACUUGAUUACCACCAUUUUUAAUCCAGGAUGUAUUUCUUUCCCAAAUAAUCUUUUUGGUGUUUUACUUGUUUUGCUGUAAAAAUCAAUAAAGUUUUUGUUGGAAAUCUCUGAUGUUAAAGAUUUUAAAUGUUGAUGAAUAGAAACUAGAGAAAUCCCUGUUUACUUUAGGAUCUGGAUCAAAAAUGUUCUAAAACGGUUGUGUUCAGAUAUGUAACCAACAGCAUUUUUAGUGGAAAUAUCAAUACUGGUUUAGGUUUUUAAAAUAUUCUCAGAUUACCGGAAUUAUUUGAUUUUCAUAAGAUAUCAGACUGACCAUAAUAAUAAGUUAAGGUGGAAACUGAGUUUUUGGGAACAAGUUUAAUGAAUUUCUGCAAACCUCCAUGUAUAAAAAGUUUUAACGACUGUAAGGAAAAUCUAUUUUUUUUUUUCAGUCUACAUGUCAUUUUUUUCAAUAGAUCACCAACUAAUUAUUCAAAAAUAUUAAUAAUAAAUAAAAAUUAUCGUACAAAUUGUAAGUACAAUUUUUUAAAAAUUGAAACACUAUUUUAUUUUUUUUAAGAAACCUAACCGAGACCCACAGUGUUCAACAUUCAUGAAAAAAAUAAUCAACACUUCAGAACAAAUUUGCUUGAAAAAAAAAUCACAGUAGUUGUGUAUUGUGUUGUGUGUCAUUAGUAAGAAAAAGUUAGAACUUUUUACAUGAAAUUCAUACAGAUUUCUCUUUUGAAAUGCUUGAGAGCAUCCAACACAAAUCAAAUUAAACUUUAUUUAUAGAGCACUUUUCAUACUAAAGUAAUGGAAUUUGCUUUACAAAGUGUUAAAACCUCUUUGGAAAAUCAGGAAAGCAAAAAGUAUAAAACUGUUUUUAUUUAAUGUUUAUGGAAGUUUACAAUGCUGCUGUUAAAAAUCAAGGGUUAAAUCAGAACCAAACUAAAAGAUUUUCAAAAAAUUCUGGAUGCAAACUCAAAGGUAUAUAAAAAAAAAUACAGAAUCUGAUGGAACAGAAAAAAACUUUCCCAAAUAUGUAAUUGAAUUUCACAAAACUAAUUUUAAAUGUCAAAACGGAAUAUGUAGACUUUGGACAGCUUGACUAAAAUCUGAGAAAAAAUACAGCCAACAUAACAUAUUGGCUAACAAGUUAAGUAUUUGUUGAAAGUUAAAUGUCAGUGUAUCAAAAAAUAAAAUAUAUUACAAAAAAAA